AUGGUCUCCAAGGUUCCCGAGUCGCCCGACUGGGGCGAUGUCUACGGCAGGCUCUUCUCGCGACGCGUCGAUCUCGUCGGCGACUACGCAGGCAGUGAACCUUUCCUGAUCGAAGGCGAUUCGCUCCUGCUCCAUUGCUUCUCCGACGACAAGCUUGACUUUGCAGAUGGCUUCCAGAUGCUCCACGCCGUCUGGCUUGUCGAGAGUUUCCUCUACGGCCUCAGCAAGCGCAACUGCAACUUUCACAUCGCUUUCUUCGAUGACCAUGAGCGUCUCUGCAUUCCGUCUCAUGCGACCGACGCCGAAAAGGCCAAGUACCUCCUCGCUCGCGCCGUCAUCUUGCGCCAUUUGCUAGCCAGCCUGACCGACUCCCAAUCUACCAAUUUUCUGAUCAAGGUCUUGAUUUUCCCUUCAAUCGACAGCUCUUCGUUCCACGUCGCUCUAGCCGACAAUGACUACAUGUUCGUUAUGAUGAACGAUGGCGCGGUCUCCGAAUGCGGCUGCCCCGAACAUGUUCGCGACAAGACUACCCUCCGUGUUGCCAUCUGCUCUUUCAUCGCCCGCGGCUACAAUGUGGCCUUGGUCAAUGGCGUGGAGUGGAGGGACACAAAGGUCAUCACUGCGAUCAUCGAGGGCACAGCCCAACUGAGCAACGCCAUCCGGAAUGCGCCAAAGUCUCUUGCCAACUACGAGGACCCUCCCUUUGAGGUAUUUGACCGCGAGCGAUUCGACCUCUUUACCAAGCACUACAAGCUUUCAUCCCAGAGACUCUCGGAGCGUCUCUACCUCGUGGCGGCUACGAUCGGUAGAAUCCUUUCCUGGGACAAGUUUUCGAGCAAUGAGAUUUCAGCGUUCCUUACACACUCGAUACUCCAGAGUCAACUUCGUCUGGGGGCCCGCUCCGCUGUUGAGUCUUCAAGUACCGAGAAUUCGCAAUUGUUUCUCGAAAAGUUUGUCGAAGUCGCUCGCGGCGUGAUGCAUUCUCCGUACUGGCGGCAGUUUGUUGAAGAAGCUCAAGCUCAGACAGACAUUGCUGAUCUCGUCGACGGUCGGCUCUUCAACUCUGUUUUGACCGGACAUCAUCCUGACCUGCAGCUGAACGAGGAGUCCCAGGUGGUCAUGAAGUCGAUGAUGACCUUGAUUUCCCCAUUGACUGACAAUCAAAUCAAUCCGCACGACAACAAGUCGCGUCUCAAUCCUGAGCAGAGAAGCCAGAAGGCACUGCAUUCGUAUCGCAAGCUUCUUCCCUUUACUGACCAGGUAUUCGCCAAGCACCUACAGCCAAUAAAACUGAACAUCGACACUGAGAUUGUGCAUCUCAUGGGUGAAAACUCCAGAACUUUUCGCGAGUUAACGCACUGGCACAACUCCAGGCGUCCUUUAAGCCGCAAGGUCGCAUUGUCCAUGAAGGAGCGCACCGCUUUUUAUGCGCGCCGUCGCGACCAACGCUUCAUGGCUGAGAUGAUGGCUUAUGCUGCCAGCCUGACCAACGCCGUUGGCAAGGCUCUCGAGCCUGAAAAGGUUGUUGUCCAAGAGACCAAACCCGCGGCAACGCAUUUGAAGAAUGGCCAGCAACAACCUAGCCGUGGUACUAAGUCCAGUAAGGAGAACAAGCCGACGAAGAAGCAGCUUAUGCUACAGAACAUCGCGGCGAAGAAUGAAGAGAAGAAUGCUGCCAGCGCUUCGAAGGUGCUGCAAUCCUGGAACCUGGUCUGCAAGGAUAUCGACAAGUUGCGGGAACCGGCCGUGUGCCAUGCGAAGGCAAUGCAGUACCUCCACUCUCUCCCCAGCUCCAAGCGCGAAGUUGUCGGCACCGAAGUUGAAGUCUUCGCCCUGAGCUGUCUCCUCAAGCUUUGGAUGUCGUCGAUCACUGCCAACGCAAAGUCUCCCGACUACGGGCUCGCCGCUGAGAUUUGGGACUUUGUAGGACGCCUUAGGAACAUGCCGGGUCUGACGAAUACCAUUGUGUCGAAGCUCCAACAGACCGUCGAUCAGCUCGGCCUUCCGUUCACUAUCGGCAACGCUAAUGUUGUGGACCGAAAGCUGCCAUUUGAUUUUGCUUUGACCCCGACUAAGUCCAGCGAGCUGCAGAUCCGUCUGCCCUCCAAGGUGUUCCAGCUUUUUCACUGCGGUCCAUUCUUCGAUCGCAAGAUGGACUCAGCACCCGAUGAUCGCGUGCCGUUCAUGCCCGACGGAUGGCAGCGGAAGGUCUUGGAUGCUAUUGACGCUGAGAAGAGCCUUUUUGUUGUGGCUCCCACCAGCGCCGGUAAGACCUUUAUUUCGUUCUACUCCAUGAAGAAGGUUCUUCAGAGCUCCGACGAAGGCGUCCUUGUGUACAUCGCUCCGACCAAGGCCCUCGUCAACCAGAUCGCCGCCGAGAUUCAGGCUCGCUUCUCCAAGUCGUACAAGCAUGCCGGAAAGUCUGUCUGGGGAAUCCACACCCGUGACUACCGCAUCAACAACUCCACCGGUUGCCAAGUUCUCGUCACCGUCCCGCACAUUCUCCAAAUCAUGCUUCUUUCUCCAUCGAACGCGAACUCCUGGUCAUCCCGAAUCAAGCGCAUCAUCUUUGACGAAGUCCAUUGCAUUAGCCAGGCCGACGAUGGCAUCGUAUGGGAACAGCUUCUUCUCCUGGCACCUUGCCCGAUCAUUGCCCUGUCAGCCACGGUCGGCAAUCCCCAAGAGUUCUACGAGUGGUUGGCCUCUGCGCAGAAAUCGAUCGGCAUGGAGCUUGUCAUGGUCCAUCAUCCGCACCGGUACUCUGAUCUACGCAAGUUCAUCUACGUCCCUACCAAAGGCUAUUCCUUUACCGGUCUACCGAAGCCUCCCACGGUUGCAAGCGUUGGCUUAGACAAGGGGAAGAACUUCCAAUUCGUUCAUCCUGUUGCGAGUUUGCUUAACAGGUCACGGGGAAUGCCUGAAGACUUCACGCUCGAGGCUCGGGACUGUUAUACGCUUUGGAAGGCCAUGAAAACUCGUGAGACAGAGACACACAAGGUUCCGAACUCUCUGAAUCCCGAGAAGGCCUUACCCGCCGUGAUCACUCAGGCGGACAUCAUCAACUGGCUCAAGUCGAUAAAGCAGUUUUUGGGCCAGUGGAUGACUGAUCAAGACUCUCCUUUCGACGAGCUUGUGGAAGACCUCGGCGGAAGCUUGUAUGAACUGGAAGGUGAAGAGGAUACCGGAUUAAGCGCUGAUGGGCUCCGCUCUACAGUCGUUUCUCUCCUUUGCCACCUGCACGAGCAGGCUGCUCUUCCGGCCAUUCUUUUCAACUAUGACCGCAAGAACUGCGAGGACCUAUGCAAGACGGUCGUCAAGACGUUGAAGGAGGCCGAAGCCGAGUGGAAGGACAAGUCUCCGCAAUGGGCCAAGAAGAUGGCAGAGUGGGAUACGUGGAAGAAGAACCAGAAGAACGCUCACAAGAAGGCCGCGAAGCUGCUUGAGAAGGUCAAGGGGAAGGCCGAGCUUGAAAGGGAGAUGGCUUCGGUGGAGCCCAAUGCUUGGGAGAGCUUCAACCCCAAUGCUCCAGUUGACGGAUUCCAUUUUACCGACAGAACCAAGCUGCAAGAGUCGGAACUGGACGAAUACGCCGAGGAGCUUGAACGCCGCCACGUUCCAAAGUGGUUGAUCGAGGCGCUUUAUCGGGGAAUCGGCGUACAUCACUCUGGUAUGAACCGGAAGUACCGCCAUGUGGUUGAAUUGCUCUUCAGGAAGGGUUAUUUGCAGGCUGUCAUUGCCACCGGCACCCUGGCUCUGGGUAUCAACAUGCCUUGCAAGACGGUGGUUUUCUGCGGCGAUUCCAUCUUUCUCACGGCUCUCAACUUCCGCCAGGCAGCCGGUCGUGCCGGCCGUAGAGGCUUCGACGUGCUCGGCAAUGUCGUUUUCCAUGGCAUCGGAGUGUCGAAAGUCUGUCGCCUUCUCAGCUCUCGUCUGCCGGAGCUGACUGGUCAUUUCCCCAUCACCACCACGCUGGUCCUUCGGUUGUGUACUCUUCUCUCCGAGUCCAAGUACUCCUCAUUCGCAGUACGGUCUGUGGAUGCGCUGCUUUCACAACCCCGCCUCUACCUCGGCGGAGAGGAAAAUCGCAUGACGGUCCUCCAUCAUCUUCGCUUCUCGCUCGAAUACCUGCGGAGACAGUUUCUGCUCGACCAGUCAGGAAAGCCGUUGAACUUUGCGGGUUGCAUAUCCCAUCUGUACUAUGCAGAGCCAUCCAACUUUGCCUUCCACGCGCUGCUGAAGGAAGGCUAUUUCCAUCAACUGUGCGCUGGUAUCCGCCGGAAUCCGGGCAGCAAAGACAGGAUCUUGGAGACGUUGAUGGUGGUGCUUUGUAACAUUUUCAACCGACGGUACUGCAACCAAGUGGAUCGGGAAUUUGUGGAGAACGUGGUCAAGCGCUCCCCUUCGAUGGUCUUCCUUCCAUCUCUUCCUAAGAAGGCGAAGAAGAUUUUGCGGGAGCACAAUGAUGAAACUCUCGACAUCUUCAGCACCUACGUCCGAACCUUCGUCGACCAGCAUGUCAAGGAAGAAGACUGCCUGCUUCCUCUUUCCCGCACCAAGUUUGGAGGCGAUGGCGGUGACGCUCCGACGUCUGCCAUCCGUUCGCAGUUCGUUGCCCUGUCUGGCCACGGUGACAACUUCAAGAGCAUCUCAGAGCUCUGUCAGACCGUCCGCGCGGGCGUUUUCUUAGAGGAAUCUGCCAUUCCAUACAUCAAUCUCGAGGCCGAACUCCCGCUCAACGCAUACCUUCUUGAUUUCUUCAAGCACGGGGAUGUCACAGCCCUGGUUGAGGGAAACAAGCUCCGCAGAGGCGAUGUCUGGUUUGUGCUGAACGACUUUUCCCAGGUUCUGGCGACGAUCAUCACCAGCCUCACGAAUUUCAUCAAGGCGGACUUGGACGCUGAUGAUGAUGCUCUCAACGCCAUGGGCGGGGGUGAUGCUCACGAAGAAGAGGUUGAGGACUGUCUAUACGAGAUGGAUGCUGCGCCAACGGAACAGAAGAAGGCCCUGCCUGUGCAUACCAAGGUAGUGCGGAAGAAGGUUGUGGACAACUGGGACGACGAUGGGGAGGAGGACGGUGCGGACUUGCCUCCGAAGGCUUCUGGCAGCUCCGAGGGUUAUAGCUCAGAGGGAGAUUUCAAGUCUCCAGCGUGGGAAGGCAGCAGUUUGCUCGACGUGCUGUACGCGUUCAAGAAGCUGGCCGACGAGUUCAACGACAAGUUCAAGGUGAUGUGGGCUUAG